GCUGCCGAGUCGUCUCCCGCCCGGUCUCUCUCUCUCUCUCUCUCUCUCUCCACCCCCCCCGCUCUCUUUUCUCUCUCUCUCUCCUUAGCCGAAGCGGCGGCGAGUCGCGGGCUGAGGCGAGGCGAGGCGAGGCGGGCGCGGGCUUCCGCCAGCUAUGGACCUGGAGGCGUCCGACGAGACGGGCUCCGCUGGAGGAGCCGAGGCGGGAGCCGGAGCCGUCACCCCCGAAGCGGGGGGUUGGGGGGCGCCGCCGGACUCGGCGGCAGGAGGAGGGCUGGCUUUGAAGAAGACGGUUCUAACAGAGCCGCCAUCGCUGACAGGGCAGCCGGGAGCCAGCCAGGGAAAAAAAAUAGGCCACCGAGGAGUUGACGCAUCAGGGGAAACGACGUACAAGAAGACCACCUCAACCACGCUGAAGGGGGCAAUCCAGCUGGGGAUUGGCUAUACGGUGGGAAACCUGAGCUCCAAGCCUGAGAGGGAUGUUCUGAUGCAAGAUUUCUACGUAGUGGAGAGCAUUUUCUUUCCCAGCGAAGGCAGUAAUCUCACUCCAGCGCACCAUUAUCCCGACUUCAGGUUCAAAACAUACGCACCCGUCGCUUUCCGCUAUUUUCGAGAACUUUUUGGCAUUCGUCCGGAUGAUUAUUUGUAUUCCUUGUGCAACGAGCCGCUGAUCGAGCUCUCCAAUCCUGGGGCCAGUGGCUCCCUCUUCUAUGUCACCAGCGACGAUGAAUUCAUCAUCAAGACUGUGAUGCACAAAGAGGCAGAAUUCCUCCAGAAACUUCUUCCGGGUUAUUAUAUGAACCUGAACCAGAAUCCACGGACGUUGCUGCCAAAGUUCUACGGUCUCUACUGCGUCCAAUCCGGGGGCAAAAACAUCCGGGUGGUGGUGAUGAAUAACAUCCUGCCCCGGGUGGUGAAGAUGCACUUGAAAUACGACCUCAAAGGCUCCACCUACAAACGCCGGGCGUCCAAGAAAGAGAAAGAGAAGUCAAGCCCCACCUACAAAGAUUUGGACUUCAUGCAGGAUAUGCCCGAGGGCAUCAUGCUGGACGUGGACACCUUCAACGCUGUGGUGAAGACACUGCAGAGGGACUGUUUGGUGCUGGAGAGUUUCAAAAUCAUGGAUUACAGCCUGCUCCUUGGGGUGCACAACAUAGACCAGCUGGAACGGGAACGACAAGUUGACGGGGCCCAAAGCAUGUCUGAUGAAAAACGCCCCGUGGGACAGAAGGCUCUGUAUUCCACCGCCAUGGAGUCGAUCCAGGGCGGGGCUGCUCGAGGGGAACCCAUUGACACGGAUGACACAAUGGGAGGAAUUCCAGCAGUGAAUGGCAAAGGAGAGCGUCUGCUACUGCAUGUUGGGAUCAUCGAUAUCCUCCAGUCCUACAGAUUAAUCAAGAAACUGGAGCAUACGUGGAAAGCUCUCGUCCAUGAUGGGGAUACGGUGUCAGUCCACAGGCCCAGCUUCUAUGCAGAAAGGUUCUUCAAAUUUAUGACCAAUACGGUGUUCAGGAAAAGCUCUUCCCUGAAAGCUUCUCCCUCAAAGAAAGGACGGAGUGCCUUGUUAGCCGUUAAGCCAUCCGGCCCAAUGGCUGCGUUCUCUGCCAGCCAGAUUCCUUCGGAGAAGGACGAAGUGCAGUAUGACCUCCGGGGAGCCAGGAGUUACCCCACCUUAGAUGACGAAGGCCGACCCGAUCUUCUUCCCUGCACCCCUCCCUCUUUCGAAGAAGCAACCACCGCCUCUAUUGCAACCACGCUCUCUUCCACAUCUCUUUCCGUGCCGGAAAGAUCUCCUUCCGAAUCUUCGGAGCAGCCCAGAUACAGGCGGCGCACACAGUCCUCAGGACAUGAAGGAAGGACUCGCGAUCAGACCCGAGCCGAAGAUGACCUCCAGCAGAUCACCGUGGAGCUCAAGCCGAAGUGUGAUAUCGAGAUUGUGGUGCCUGAUGUGGCUGCUGCAGGAGAGGCAGCCUCCUUAGCGUGCGCUACCAUGCUGUCGGCGGCAGCGGCGGCGGAGGUUGAGACAGCAAGCCAGGCCUCCGAACCUGCCAGCCAAGCUUCGGAUGAAGAGGAGCUCCCGAUCCCGGAUAUCUAUUUUCCGACAGACGAGAGGAGCUGGGUCUAUUCUCCUCUCCACUAUAACACUCAAAUCCAGUCAGUCUCUGACGAAGAGAGUGAUACAUAACUUCUAUGCAAAACUCCUCGAGAGCAACGUUCCUCCUGACGCCGUUUGCGGCAUUCCCUUUCGAUGUCCCUUGCAGCUUUUCGGAGGGAAGGCGUGGAAGAAUGUCGUGCAUCAACGUCGGCUGUGCUUCAGCAUCCCAGCGUUACCCGGAAAGACAAAGCAAAACCACCCCGAAAUCCCAUCUCCUUCCUCCCACCAUCCUUUCUCCAAAACGUGUAUAUUAAUACCUCUCCAAGCAGUUACCCACAAACUGAUCUUGGCCCCAGAGACAUCAGAGGUCGGAAGGAAUUUGAUCCUGGGUCGCCACCUCUCUUUCUUUCUCUCUCUUUCUCUCUCUAUUUAUUCCCAAAGUGCACUACUGUAGCUCUCUUAUCUGUAUGUGAUACUGUGAACAUUUUUUUUAAAAAAAAUCAUGUAUUUAUUUUGUUUCUCUUUGCACAAACAGCACGCUUGUGCUUUUGUUUUGGGUUUUUUUUUUCCAAAAAUAGUUUUAUUGCACUUUUAGGGUGUAGGGGAGAAGGCCUUGUUACAGAUGUUGAUCGCCUUUGGUGAUAAGAGAUUAGAAGAAGAAGAAGAAGCCGCCUCUGAGCAGAGGGGCAGCCGGGCAGGAGAGGCUGGCAGAGCUGUGGAGCUGGUUAUAAGAGCAUCUAUCAAAUGCCAUUUUGGUUGAUCACUUGGUGGCCCCCACUUCAGUCUGUUAGCAAGAAAAAAAGGCUGGCUCACGAAGAUUUGAAACUUUCCACUGAAACAGGACGUGGAACCUGCCCGAAGCUUCCUUGGUAUCUAUUUGAGUGGGAUUUUUCCUCCCAGUUGAAUGUGCAUUGUCCCGCCCGCCCGCCGGCCAUCUUUGUUGGACAAGGUGGCCGAACCCAGCUCUGUUCCAUUGCGAAGCUAUGCUUAGCAGCGUCUUCGGGUUGAUUUUACGGCAGCCUCCUUGGGCAGAGCACUGGAUUUCUGGAAACCUCACAUUGGAGGCUUCUUCCUGGCUUCUCUCCCUGCUGCACCCAGCGGAGAAGCUGGGUUGACUUAAGCCAUAAGAGGCGCCAAGCUGCGAGGUCCUCAAGAUUGGAGAGAAGGUCCCUGGGAAGGCUGGCAGGGGAUAAAAAGCACGGAGAAGGCCCGUUUUGGAGGUCUUGGCAGCUUUUUAAGAAGCUGGGCUCUGUUCUAAGGGCCGCGAAGCAGCUCUCACUGAGGAGAGAAGCGCCAGAGGACUUGCUUACAGCCCCUCAGGGUCGCACUGUUGUUGCACACGUCGCUGUUCUCGACACAGAGAGGGCGAAAAUGAACUCAGUUGUACCCAAAAAAGGCAGCAGAGAAACAUCUAUUCCGUGUGGAAUAAGCCCUCCUUUUGGGGAAGCGGCUGGAGGGAAAAAAUUGCGUCUUCCAGACCCGUAGCUGCUGGAGGAUUUCCACAGCUGUUGACAGUAUUUUCUUUUUUGGAUGGAUGGCACAAAACGGUCUCUGGUUUGUGGGUGGGUGGGACGUCUCCUAAAUAGCAGCCUUUGGAGAUGCAAGAUAAUCUCGUGAGUGCAGUAUUCAAGGCCAGCCAAGUCACUCUGUCCGAUCCAGCUGAUGAGAGGCCCCAAAGCUGUUUUUUUUUGGGGGGGGGGAGUAUUGAAAUUUAAGUUGGUGCCUCUGUACAGGCCCUGUUCUUGUAAAAUGGAAGACAGAGCCGAAGACGGCUUUCAUCUUCCUAGUAUUACUACUGCGAGGUGAGAAACCUGAAAUUCCUGUGAUGUGCAGGUGAUCCCUUCACCUCCUGGAGGUCCAAAGUAAGCACCUCCUUGAAGUGCCGUCUUCUCAUCAGUUGAAAUGGGCUCUCUCUGUGGUCAAAGUUCCCUAUAAAAGGGGAAAAGAAAGGAGCAGGUUUAGGACGGCCUUGGGCAAGCAAGAUAAUGGCUAAGUGCUAUCCAGUGCGUGUUAGGUUCUAAUUCCAUGACUGUGAGGAAACAGGAGAUCCUUGUUCUCCGUCUAAGUUUUGGGGGUGUCCCCGUGCUGGAACUUCUCAACCUCUCAUUUAAACAUUCCAGAACUGGAAAUGACGUUCCUUAAAGUGACACUAUAGUUUUAGGGCAGAUUUUGAGAAAGUUUCUUUAGGCAGCUACAGGUAGAAUGGUUUCUCUCUCAACCUUUCCCAGCGGACCUCUGGUUCUGGUUCUUUUCGAGCGCCCAAAGUGGCCUGCCUCCUUCUCAACCUUCUCAUUUUCUCCCCUGGCGUUCCAGACUCCAUUUCCAACCACCGUAAUGUCUUCUCGUCUCUCAAGGUGCCAGUUGUCAGGAUGGCACCUUUCUCUUCAGCCUGAGGUGGCACGGCCCUCAUUCCUCCCCUGCUUGAACUUGCUCCCCUUGCAGGCGAUGGACUCAGGGCAAACUGCGGGCCAAGCUUUAGUCCUUUACAGACCAAGCCACCCGGUGUCUUCCAUCCUUGGGUGGAGGUGGGCUGAUCCAUCUGUCAGCAAAGCAGAUGGUCCUGGAGCAAACGGUGGCCUUUCCUUCUCCUUAUCUGGCACAAGGCACAAUCAAGAGGCCCGUUCUUGUGGGUUUCAAAGAUGGCAUCAAAUCUGGAGCAUCCCGGUCAGGUAUGGUCCUUUUGGAGUUGGUUGCUCUUACAGUUGAAGGAUGGAAAUGGCAUUUGACCCGUUGAUCGGCCAGUUAUUGAAGACGAUGCUUGCACGAUUCCUUGACGUGCAUUGAUUCCUUUGAGUUGGGGUAUCAAACAGAGUUUGGGCACAGUUGGCUCCAUCUUCUGUGAUUGGCUGGUAGCUGCUGAACUCAGCCAUGGACGAGGUUCCCUUUGUAUAAGAUUGUCAGCUGUGGUUUUCAGCCAAGAUGACCAAGACCUCAUCCUUGGGAAGCAUCUUGUCCACGUCUUCCUCGCCCUGAUCCCAGCAAGAAAGUCCGGCUGACAGCUUCUAUCCUCUUCCUCCUCCUCUCGGUUUCUUCAGUGGAGAGAAAAAUCAGCGCUCGGACCACCAGAUACUAUUCUGAAUGACUUUUGUCGAUGUCUACAUUAGACUUCCUGAUUGUGCAUAUAUGCUAUAUAUAUAUAUAUACAUAUAUAUAUAUAUACUUACAUAUGGUUUUUUUUUCUUUUUCCUUUUUUUUUUUGAAAAAGUAUUUUUUUAAAAGAACAUCUCCAUGUUACAUGCUUUAUACACAGAAUGUAUAGGAUUUAAGGAUUGUGUUCGGGGGGUGGGAAAGAGAACAGUUGAGUGAUGUUUUCUUUACUUUUUUUUUUUUUUUUUUUGGCAAAGAAAAGUAUUCCUUGGGUCACAAAAUACUUCUUUGUUGGGGGAGAAAUCUUGGCCUUCAAAAUGUAAAUUGUUGCAUAUUACAAAGUGGUGCAGCUGAAAUGACCUUUUUUUUUUUUUAAUGUGAAACCAGGCACAAUUUCUAUCACGCACAUACACAAACCAGAAAUCUCUCUUCCCUCUCUCCCCAGCUCUCAUCAAUAGUUUUUCAAGUGUGUAAUACAAUUUUAUUUUCUAUUUAAGCUUCACACGGUCUCUGAGUUAGCCAGAACAUCAGGAAGGGGCCAAAAGUGGUUUGUUUCUCCAAUCUGGCAAGUGUAUGAGGUGUGGACUUCAACUCCCAGAAUUCGCAGCCAGCCUUGCUGACUGGGGAAUUCUGGGAGUUGAAGUCCACACAUCUUAAAAGUGCCUAAAGUUGAGAAACCCCAGUCUAGAUCGAUACCACCAAUUUAUUCCUUACAUAAGGACAUUAAAAGGGGCAGGUGGGUGUCUUAAUUGCUAUUUUUAAAAGGAAAAAAAAAUCUAGACUAGAUUCCCUUGCUGAUGUUUUCUUUCCGUUUUAUCAUCUCUUGAUCCUAAGCUCCUUAAGAAUGCAUAUUUUUUCCCAGAUUUGGAGUCUUUUUCUCCCAAAUCAGCCAUGCCACAUUUUUCUCCAGUGAUAAACUUUCCUGGCUACCUCCAUCCUUUUAGUGGCCCAAGUGCUAGCAAACUGGUCAAAAACGGCCUCCUUUCUCCCCCCCCCCUUGUUUAUUGAGUGGUAUUUGUCACUAAUCUCACCAUUAUUUAUAUCUGUCCAACCUCUGCAACUUUAAGACUUGUGAACUUCAACUCCUAGAAUUCCCCAGCCAAAGUUGCCAAGGUUGGACACCCCUGGUUUAUACAAUGAGCCGCAUUCUUCCUUUAAGGAAAUGUCAAGUGUUUUAAAAUUUCUCUGGCCAAGUUGUAAGAAGGGGAGAAUCCUUUAAAAUUGAGAUUUCUCUCUUGUCGGCCUUCCUUUUCUCUGACAGGAAGCGGCACUCGUGGGAUGCCUGUCCAAAUAUAGAAUUGGGCAGAAGCAAGGAGAAUAGCCAUUAUCCUAUGGUGGAUCUUAUCUGUAUCAUUAUCCAACCUUGACAACAGCUAUGCUGGCUGAGGAACUCUGGGAGUUGAAGUCCACAAGCCUUAAAGUUGCUAAGGUUGGAGGCCCCGGAUCUAGGCCAUUCUGAAGCUGAUCUCUUACUCAUUCCAGUGGCUCCAUUUAGACCCCAUUUACACUCCAUCAAGUCAUGAUGAUCUAAGACCAGGAGCCUUCCAGUUCUUCAGAGAUCUGUGGGUCACCACUACAGCCCUACACACACAUCCCACUUUUCCAGGAGGAACCAGAAGAUAUUGCAUCUCAAGAAUCUUAUUUCGGUAUGAAGUGCAAAGGUGGGGGGGGGGAGCAAGGAGGAAGAGGGGCUCCUGGUUGGGUUUUGUUUUUAUUUUUUUAAUUUUUUUAAAAGGUGCUAAGAUGGCUUCUCCCACCCUCAAAAUGCAGGCAUCUAAUCGUUCUUCCGGUGGUGGCAGAGCGGCCAUUUAGAGUUGUUUUAAUGUAAUUUUAAUUGGGGACGGGGAUGGUGGGGGGGGAGAUAACGGAUCAAGGGGUUUGUUUUGAUGUUUUCUGUUGAUGUUUCUAUUUUGUAAAGCACCCCGUCUAUACAAGGGUGACAUUUUCUGUUCAUAAAUAAAUAAAUAAAGAUGGCUUCUC